UGUAGCAUGAGCAUGAAAAGGACGACAACAAGAUCGAUAAAGUAGAAUAUAUGAUCCGUCUUUUUCGUGCAUGUGUGUGGUAUGUCAAAAUGACCUGAGAAUUGUCAAACAUUUUCAUGGCUUGCUUUUUUGGUGUAAUGAAGAAUACACAAAGCACAGCUAGUCUUGCUUCGAUUCGCGUUCGGUUCCGUUCCAUCGUUUCCAUCCGCCGCUGUCUGCUGCUUCUUGCUCUGACUCUGAAAAUUUUUUGACCGCUGGCUGGCUGAAUGGCUUUGCUUGCUGCCAAGCUCGGAUCCUCUCGAUUUUUGUACUGCCGCCGCGUCGCGUCUCGCUGGAAAAAGCAACCUGGAGAAAUAAAAAAAAAGGUGCAGACGGUCGAAAAAACCGUUUUUCUGACGCAAAUUUUGGGUUUUAUUGUUUUUCGCUUUCCGGGAUACGGCGAAGAACGCAAUAGCGUCGCGAUGGUCGACGUGAGGAAUCAAUCAGUGUGGAAGAAUAGGAAUCAUUUGGUGUUACAAGCCGGAGAAGGCUGGAAAUUGUGAAGGAAAAAAAAUCAGCGAAAGAGAUUUCAAGCGGCGCUAUCACCGAAUGUCGAGAAAAUAAACGUUUAAGCAAAAGAGCUUAAAACUGAUAAAAUAUUAGUGUUUAGUGAAAUUAUCGACGCAAUCAAACAACACUUUUUCUACCAAAUUGCAUAAACUUCUCACUGGAUUAGCUGCCGUAGUGAUUUUGUGAAUAUCUUUUUCCCGCCGAUCAACAUCAAAGCUCGAAAAGUAGCGGAAUGACAGCACUGACGUUUCGAACACCGUUGACAAGCCCGUUCAGGCAGCGCAACUGCGUUCGAACAAAAAUGGGCAGUGUCACUUCGACAGAAAAUGGCGUCUGCCAACUUUUUGGAGGAAGCUCUUAAAUCAGAUGUCGAUGAAUCCGCGGUGAGUGCGAUCGUCGGAACGCUUGAAAAUCAGUUGGACCAAUCCAGUACGACCCCGGUGCAACAAGUCGCGAAAAAUUUCGAGUGCGGAAACGGUGGGAACAGCCUAAAUAGUGCAAUUGUGUCAAAUGGAGGAGCGACCCCCAUUUAUAGUGCAGUGCAGCAGCAGAAACACGGUAAUCAUGGUGUUGCCAAUGGUGAAAUCGUCGUAUCCAAUGUUAUGAACAGCAACAUCACCAACAAUAACAACAACAACAAUAAUAACAGUAAAACAUUUAUCAUUGCCACUAGUGGCGCCCAGAAAGUAAUCAAUAGUGCAGUUUCUGGUGCCGCGACGGUGGUGGUCGGGAAGAAUAUUACGGUUUCAUCCAGUGGUGGCGGAAUCCAACCGUCAUCGACACCUCCCGCAUUGAUAUCGACGGUUCCAACGGUGUCCUCGUCAUCGGGGAUCAACAUCAUUAGCAAUCAGAUAGUGGUUUCUGCCGGGGGCCCACCUCCGCCACCGUUCCACGUUACGACCAACAGUAUCAGCAACAUCAACAACAACAACCAGCACCAGUCGAACAUGCCAAAGAAUGAACCAGUAAAGUUGGUGUACCCUGCUCAUGGUGGCGGUGCCGGAGGAACGCCCGGAAGUACUCAGGCGGUGCUCAACAUGAACAACAAUCGCGUUACGCUGACCUCGACGGCUCUGCCGAAUGGGACAAUUUCCCUAUCGCAGGCCCCGCAGCUGAUCCAGACCGGCGCCACGGGGAAGACCACCAUCCAGGCAACGACGGGUGGUCAACCGGGUGGACCCGGGGGUCAGCCGCAAACGCUCAUCAUCAAGAACCAGCAAACCGGAGCCGUGAUCAAUUCCGGAGCGCCCGGAAUUGUGACGAUGUCCAAACCGAUCAACAAUCAGGCCACACAAAACAUUGUCGGCUUACCGGCUGGUGUACAAAUUGUAAAUGUUAGACCUGGCGCUCCACCCACGCAACAACAAGCACAGCAAAAAACUGUUGCCGCUGUAUCACCUAGAGUUGUUAUCGGUAGUCAGCAAAUAGUUAGUUCUAGACCACCAAAUGCAAACGCNAUCACCCUAAGUGCUAUUCCAGGACAGCAGGGUUCGACGCUGCUGCUGAAAAAUGAGCAGGGCCAAUUCCAGCUGCUACGGAUCGGACCGGCACCGACCGGUGCACAGAUUACGCCCGCCAAUAUCACCGCGACGACGGGAACCAAUCAGACGAUACGGUUGCAAACUGUACCAGCUGUAAGUAGGUUUACCGGUCCUCCAUUAGCCCUCCGCAAGACCAUUGUCACCACGCAACAGGUGAAACAGAAGCAAAAUCCCAUCUCAUCUGGUUCGGGUACGAUAAUCGUCAAUUCACAAUCCAUCACUACCACACCAACUAGCUUCGUAACGACUCAGUCGACUCCGGUGGCCUCGGUUGCUCCUGUUCCGGCGCUGGCCGCCCAACAGCACAUCACCAUUUCUGCCGCAACAGCCCAGACACCCGCGUCGGCCGUGGCCACCGGUCAACCUACCGUGGUAGCAACUCAGCAACCUCAGACCGUCGUGACCACCCAGCAACCACAGCAACCUCAACAACCUGGCCAGCCUGCAACCCAGACAGUGGUAGUAACCACCACAACCGGAGGGCAAACGACUCAGCAGCGCCAAUCGUUAGAUAAUGCCAAAGAAAAGUGCAGGAAAUUUCUCACCAAUCUGAUCGAGCUGUCCAAACGGGAACCGAAACCGGUGGAGCAAAAUGUCCGAACGCUGAUCCAGGAGCUGGUGGAUGCCAACGUUGAGCCGGAGGAGUUUUGCGAACGGUUAGAAAGGCUUCUAAAUGCCAGUCCGCAACCGUGUCUAAUUGGUUUUCUAAAGAAAAGUUUACCACUCUUGCGGCAAUCUCUUGUUACGAAAGAGAUUACGAUUGAAGGCAUUAAUCCGCCCUCGGCAAACGUAGCCUUCUCCGGCUCGCCUCUCACGCAAAUACCUGCCCAAAUACGCCCCGUAACGCAAACCAUCGUCACCCAGAACAGUAUCGUCGGCCAGACGCAGAUCCGUAUGCUAACGACCCAGUCGGGCGCCACGACCGUACCCCGGAUAGGACAGACGACGAUACGACCGGCGGCACCGGUACGGAUACAAGGACCCCUCCACCAACAACCCCAACAUGCGGUCACCACCGUCACCACUCCCAGUGGGCCCCGGCAAAUCACCGCCCAGCAGAUACGACCAAAUGCCACGGCGACCGUGGGCCAUACCACCAUCGUGCAAACGAGCCAUCAGCUGCCUCAGACGAUCUCAACGACACCCCCGGCGCUACUUCCGAUUCGCGCUCCGGCCGGUACGGCAAUUACGCGUACGCCAGCGACCCUCCAAAUCCGUGCGACCACGCCCACAGUCGUAUCGCGUCCCACCGCAGCCACCAGCAACGCCACGACGGUUACCACCAAAACGAUCCGUAGUCAAACGCCGGCCGUGGUCUCGGUGGCAGCUGCUGCAGCAGCAGCGGCCGCCGCGGCAUCUGGUUCUACGGCCACUCAGGUCAAGCAAGUGACAGCAAUUAGUAACAGCAAUGUAGUCGUCGCAGUCUCAUCAGCACCAACAACGGCACCCGGUCUUGUAGUGACCGGGACGCAACCGUUGCCAGCGUUAGCCCUUAGCUCUUCCGCCGUGGCCACUUUGAAUAAUAAUGCUAGUAAUAGUAAUAGUUCUACGAGUUUGAUCAGUACAAGCAUCCCUCCUUCAACCACGGCAGUAGUGGUUAAUACGGCCCCUAGUAUCAGUACUGCGGUCACAAGCAGUAUCACUAGUAAUAGUAGCAGUGUUGCCAGUCUACCAGUAACUACUGCUAGCACUAGCAGCUCUUCCACCACCACCACAGUCACCACUUCCAGUAGCAAAUCCAGUUCGGGAUCAAAAUCGCAGGGCUCGUCGGCGGGCACAAAAAAGAAGGCAAACGCCAGUGCCGCCGCCAGUUCCGUCGAUCCAAAUGAUCCCACUGCCGCAACCAAGAAAGCAGCUGCCUCUAUGCAAUCCUCUUUUUAUCAGCAUCACGUGUCUUCCUCAAUGUACGGGGAUGACGAUAUCAACGACGUUGCGGCCAUGGGUGGUGUCAAUCUGGCGGAGGAAACCCAACGAAUUCUCGGUUCAACGGAAUUCGUGGGGACGCAGAUCCGGUCCUGUAAGGACGAAGUAUUUUUGCACAUGUCGGCGCUACAGGCGAAAAUUCGGGGGAUUGUCGCGAGACAUGGCCUGGAGGAACCGAGCAGUGAGGUGGCAGUACUAAUAUCCCAUGCCUGCCAAGAACGACUGAAAAACAUCGUGGAAAAGUUGGCCGUCGUUGCCGAACAUCGGAUCGAUAUUAUCAAGGUUGACCCGCGAUACGAAGUGACGAAGGAUGUCCGGGGGCAAAUCAAGUUCCUAGAGGAGCUCGACAAGGCGGAACAGAAGCGACACGAAGAACAGGAACGUGAAAUGUUGAUGCGAGCAGCCAAGUCUCGAUCAAAAACGGAAGAUCCGGAGCAAGCUAAGCUGAAAGCCAAGGCGAAGGAAAUGCAACGAGCGGAAAUGGAAGAGCUACGACAAAGAGACGCCAAUCUGACGGCCCUGCAAGCCAUUGGACCAAGGAAAAAGCCUAAGCUGGAGGAAGGAGCGACAACGACUGUUACGCCUGGUGCUUCCGGAAUCGGAGUCGGAGUAAGCGGGAAGACGGCAACGCCGCUGAGGCCCCGAAUCAAGAGGGUCAACUUGCGUGAUAUGCUGUUCUAUCUGGAACAGGAGAAGGAAAGUUGCAGAAGUCAAAUGCUCUACAAGGCCUACCUCAAGUGAUCGUCGAUUGUGGUGGUACAAAAACAGCUAAAAAUGGUGAUACAAACAAUGACGGCGCUUGUUCUCUGCUGCUGAAGCCGAAGAAGAACGGCGCCCAGGACCAAUCCACGCAGGCCGCCAGCGAAAAGGUUUUUAACUCGAAAUCCGAUGGCGAUGGCGUUCCAGCUCGGAAGCGCGAGGAGAUUUCGGUCCAAUCAAAAUGCGUUUCACGCGGUCAGGUCAGGUCAGAUGUCGAGUCAGAGCUAAUGGAAGUUCAGAGGAGCGAAGUUUGUGUUCGGAAGCGAAUCAUCAUGAUGUGUGUACGUGUGAAUGAGUGUGUGCGUGAUUUUUGAGAUUUUUUGUACAUAUUUCAAUUGGCCGUUCCGGCGGUGGAAUAUCAGGAAUCGUGCGCAUGAGUGACGACGAAAAGGAUUGGGCGGGUAGAUCGCAGUUUGGCAAGGGAUUCCGACCGACCGAACUGGUUUUUGAUGUUUUAUUUAAUUUGGAACACUAACUUCGAAAUCAAGUGUACAGAAAACAACACAUUAUAGGGUAAAGUGCACGAGAGCGAGUCUAGGUAUGUAGGGAUAUGUAGGAAAGAAGCAGAAGAAUGGAAAAAUUAGGUCUAAAAUAGUGAAAACAGAUUUAAACAAUUGUGUAAUUAAUUUUGAGUCCUCUAGAGCUGUGUGCUUGGCGGAACAAAAGAAAAAAAAACUGGUCAGCCGCAAGCAUUGUUUUUGUUUGUUUAUCAUUUUAAGUCUAUAUCGAUAGGAACAAAAUAAAACUCAAUAGGAAACAGAAAAAAAAACAUUAAGGAAAACAAAAAAUCUGAAAAUUUCAACCGGAUGGAUAAAACAUAGUUUAUAUAUCUAUUAAAUCGCCGUUUUCUCGGAAACGAAAAUCGAUAUGUUAUAGGUUAAAUUGACGAACAGUCAAUGAGUAACAAGCUUUGUUUGUGAUUAUAUCACUAAAAAUUUAAAAAAAAAUCAAUGAAAAAAAACUAAAACUGUAAUCGUUUAUUUAUGUUUAAUGUGUCCUUUUCAUUCAAAUUUGAUUUAAUGAAAUGAAGAACCUACGAAAAUGAAAAAAAAAACAACAGAAAAUGCAAAAGAAGAGAUCAACAAUAGAGAUACAUUUUCUUAUGAAAAAUAAACUAUGAAAAGAAAAUGAAA